UAUUUUCUUUUCUUGAAAAUAUAAUUUUGCUAAAAAAAUUAUUUUAUUCUUUUUAUUUGAAUUUCUGGGAUAUUUUCUUCAGUAAAAAAAUUAAAUUGAGGAGAUGUAAGGUUGAUUGAAAUGAAUUAGAAUAAGGGAUCAUGCAAUUUUAAUGAAUGAAAAUGUUUUGAUUGGGUUUAUUUAUGAACUGAAUUUUAAUGGAAUAGUUGGAGUAGAAAUUUUGAGUUGAUGUGUUAGGGUUUGUUUGGAUUUGAGUUGAGAUGUGAAGUUAAUGGAAGUGUUUUGAUUGAAUAGUGAAGUAUGCUGGUUGGUUUGAGGGUUUCCGAUGUGUAUUUGGAUCGAAAUUCGAGUAAGUUGUUGGAGAAAAGGAGUUGUGAUUGGUCUGAUCUAGAUCAAUUUGGAUGGUUAUGCAGGAUAGCUUGUCUUUUCGCGGUUGAUUGAGAGCUUUGUAGUACACACUGGGUCUUAAGCUGAAGACUUGAAGGAAGUUAAAGGAAGUGGAGUUAGAUAUUCUUAUGUUCCACUUCUGUUGUAUGGAAUUAUAAGACCAUUUUGAUUGGAGUCAAGUGCUGCCACUGCUUUAAAAAAAGAAUGGGAUCUCAUAUGAACUUCAAGAACUUUGGUGAUGCCUCACAUGGUGAGAUAAAGCCUCAAGGGAAUUACCCAUUGACUCGACAACCUUCAGUUUACUCAUUGACCUUUGAAGAGUUUCAAAAUACUUGGGGUGGGCUUGGAAAGGAUUUUGGCUCAAUGAACAUGGAUGAGCUGCUGAAAAACAUUUGGACUGCUGAAGAAACUCAAGCUAUGACUUCUGCAGCUGUUGCUGGUGUAGAAGGAAGUACCCCUGGUGGGAAUUUGCAAAGACAAGGAUCAUUAACUUUGCCCCGAACAUUGAGUCAAAAGACUGUUGAUGAAGUUUGGAAGGAUUUGAUAAAAGAAACUGGUGGUGGUGCCAGGGAUGGGAGUGGUGGUGGAGGUGGCAGCAAUGCAUCAAAUGUGCCACAAAGGCAACCAACUCUGGGAGAGAUGACAUUGGAGGAAUUCUUGGUGAGAGCAGGAGUAGUGCGAGAGGAUGCUCAACAGAUUCCUGAAAGGGCAAAUAAUAUUGGACUUUUUACAAAUAAUGGCAAUACUGGUUUUCCUCUGGGGUUUCAGCAGCCAAAUAGAGACAACAGGCUGUUGGGUAAUCGUGUAAUGGAGAACAACAAUUCAGUUCCUGGUCAGGCUCCUGGUUUACCACUGAAUGUAGGUGGGGUCAGAUCCUCACAGCAACCACAGCAGCUGCAACAGCAUCAGUAUCAACAUCCGCAGCAGCAGCAGCCGCUCUUCCCCAAGCAAGCAACUGUGGCCUUUGCCUCUCCAAUGAAUUUAAUGAACACAACACAGCUUACAGGAAAUUCUCCGGGAGCAAGGGGUCCAGUUGUCAAUGCUGCAAACCAAUCUAUGAAUAACAAUUUAGUUCAGUCUUGUGCACUGCAGAAUGCUUGUGGACUGCAGAAUGGAGGAAUGGGCAUGGUUGGUUUGGGUACUGGGGGCGUCACAGUUGCAACAGGAUCUCCUGCUAGUCAGGUCUCGCCAGAUGUGAUUGCAAAGAGUUCUGCUGAGUCUUUGUCACCAGUUCCUUAUGUGAUUGGCCGGGGAAGAAGAGGCAGUGCUCUGGAGAAAGUAGUUGAGAGGAGGCACAGAAGAAUGAUAAAGAACAGAGAGUCAGCUGCUAGAUCAAGGGCUCGCAAGCAGGCCUAUACAUUGGAACUGGAAGCAGAAGUUGCUAAACUUAAGGAAGCAAACCAAGAGUUGCAGAAGAGACAGGCUGACAUAAUGCUCGUGCAGAAAGAUGAGCUUUUGGAGAAAAUGAAACAGCACUAUGGAGGUAGGAGGCUAUACCUGAGGAGGACACUGACAGGUCCUUGGUAGAGUUGAUGAACUGGACUGCUGAUGAUAAGAAGUGGUUGAAUACAUAAUCAAUAUGGUAUGAGGAUUGGGGUACGCGUCUUUGAUCUAUAUCUCAUUUCAUGAAGGGUAGGAAGUUAGGUAGCUGUAUGUAUAAACAGAGUGUUGUAAAUUAUGAACUGAAAUUAGUUUUAUACCACUUAUAUCUGUGAGACUUCUGUUGUGUCUAAUUUGAUUGUAAGAGGAUAGUAGAAUAGUGAAGCUAAAUGUAUGCUCCAGUGUGUUAUUACUGUCUAGCUGCAAACUUGUUAGUUUCUAACCUUCAUAAAACUGGGUUUUUGUAUUGGAUCUCUAAUUACAUAUUUUAUGACUAAGCUUAGGUCAUGUGCGAUUUGUAAAUUCCUUGUGGCUGUCAAGUCUCUAGUUUAUUUAU